AGGAGAGUUGAUGAGAAGAGUGAGUGAGGGAGGAAGGGAAGAAAGGAGGAGGCGACUGAACAGGUCAUACAGACCAAAAGGUGCAUCGAGGAAGGCACCUAUGUCAAGCUGCUAUAGUCAAGGUUCCUUACAAUUAACUGAAAGGGAGGGAAAACUCAAGAGUGAACAAAAAGAACAGCUAGGGAGAGUUGCAUGUGGUAGGAUAGGGAUUUGAGCAACAGACAGAAGAUUAGAUGCAUCCAAAAUGGCACAUCUCAGUGUAGCUGACGACUGAGCUGGUCUGGGGAUUGGAUUGGGGUCAACUCGGCCGGAACUCGACCUCCGGUUUAGAACCAGUCUCAUUGACCACCUGGCAGAUCAUCAGCAACCUACGACCUAACGCUCUGUUGGAAAUCUACACAACACGUGCUGACAGUGAUGGAGGUGUCUGUGCAGCUGUAUGCGUUGCUGUUGAGUGGAGCGGUCGUCCUGUCACUCAUCCUGUUGACUGGCCUGUGUCUCAGCUGCAGAAGACACAACCUGCCUACGUCCAUUCAGCAGCGUUACAGUGAGGAUUACACUCAGCACACCCCAGGAUUUGGCUUGGCCCACCCACCAUACAACCCCUCUGCUGCCACAAGCUGGGGUGCUCCCCCUUCCAGCCUUCUUUCACCCAUUUCACCACAGAUCGCUCUGAGACCGAAUUCUGUCACACCGACUGAAAAGGAGAGUAAUGACGGCUAUGAGAGUCCAAGAGAUGAGUAUGUCAACGAGGACAGCUAUGAACAAGGAUCAGGCUACCUAAUGGUGUUACCAUCAGUUCUUCCUGGGACUGGGUCUCUGCGUCAUUCCAACCAAUGUCUAAGCUCCCAAAGCACAGAAAACAGUGGCGCGGUUGGAAAUAUGAAAAUCAAUAUGAAUGUCGACGUGGAAAAGAGUGAUGACAGUGAUGACGGCAGCAACGACUAUGUCAAUACUAAAGAAAACAGUGACGAGGAGGGCAAUAUGAACGUCGACGUGGGAAAGAGUGACGACAGUGAUGAAGGCAGCAACGACUAUGUCAAUACUAAAGAAAACAGUGGAGCAGAGGGCAACAUGAAUAUCGACGUGGAAAAGAGUGAUGACAGUGAUGAAGAAGGCAACGACUAUGUCAAUACUAAAGAUAUGUGAAGCCUCCCCCAUGUAGCUGAUUCRGACGGGGAGGAAAUUGAUGAGUCACUCGACUGCUGGAUUUGAGUGCAACCAAGUUUCAGUCAAAGGGAAGACUACACAGCGUAACUUACAUCUACAUAGGGGUUCUGCAAUAUGGACAAGAGCACUGUGCAACUCACUGCUGUGGCUGAAACUUUUCAAAAUACCUUAAUCUCAUCCACCAGCCAUCUCUCUCCGAACUAUGCGGUAAUAAGGCCUAGGGAGGACAUGUUGUAAAAUUUAUUGUAUGGCGUAGGGCAAAUGCCUUCGAACACCUCUCUUGGUGCCCCAGCUGCUUGUGUGAGCUACCAGCUAUAACCAUAAUGAUUUUUUUUCUUAUCUCUAAGCUCUUUCCUGACUAUUAAAGAGAGGAUGUCAGUGGGGAAAGAAAGGUGGUGUCGAAGGGCAGUAGGCCAGAUUUGAACCCAUGCCGACGGCUGCGGCAUUACCGUUUUCAAUGUAUGGAUUUGCUGACGACUCCUGAGAAUGUUCGUUCUAGUUUACCCAUUUUCUCUUAGCUGUAUUUAUAUAUUUUUCUUUACUGUGGAGUCAUGUUAACUACAUUCAAAUCUGGUUUUAUAGUUGAAGUUACUUUUGUCACUAUAUAAGAAAUGCUUUGCCAUAAUCUAUAGCCCUAUUCGGACAGGAUACGUUUCACUGGGGGGGCUCAGUUAGUGUAAUUUGCAUGAGCACAAAUCACAUCUAAUUUCAGUCCCAUAUUAGUAAUACUUUUUUUUCAUAAUCCCAUCCAAGGUUGGGUCCUCUGAUAGUGUGAAUCGUCAUCCCUGUAUAUUACAGUUMAACAGGUGCUGCACUUGGGAACAAAUUGAUGCUUAAAACAGUGCUAUGCAUGUAGCCCAAUAAUAAAUUAUGUUUUGUCACAA